UGAUGAUGAUGCGCUUGAUACAUACUUAGCCUGCUAAUACAGCAUUUCCAGUGUCUUUCUUGUGCAGCAGGGCAGUUAAUGUACUCACAUUAUGCUAAAUUGCAUUAGAAAAAGGGAGCAAAGUCCUCCUCCCUCAUAUGGUGGUGACAUCUUGCAAACCUGUACACUGCCUGGCCUCAAAGUCUCCUCUCCUUUCUCACCCAUUUUUCUGAGCUUCACAUCACAAGUCUUCCUUCCUUCCUUCCUUGUCGUCUGCUAGUUACUCCAUGUCACACUAGUCUCACACAGGAGCAGCAACAAGAAGAGGAAGAAUAGGUGGAGGAGGAGGAAGGCCGUUCUUGGUGCUUGUGCAGCAGCUUCUUGCACUCACACUUGUUCUCCAGUGAGGCCAUUGAUGUUCCUGAUGCUCACACAGUCACAAGAUCCCCUCCCUCUGGGCUGGUUCAUUCAUUCAGAGAAGAUUUGCUGAGAUGUUCUUGUUGGUGUGCUUGAGCUGGUAGCAAGGGCGCCACUGGUUGGUGGCUCCACCUCCCUGCAUUCCUGGAAUUUCUUGGGAUUUCUCCUCCUCUUGAGGCGGUGGUGGUUGCUGAGAUGCCGGCCAAGUACUUGCAGAUGCUCGGGGAGGAGAGGCGGCCGGAGCUUCACCGGCAGCAGGCGGGGUGCGUCACCGGGAUCCUGCAGGCGUUCGACCGCCGGUAUCCCCUCGCCGCCCACCAUUCCCACAAUCGCCUUCUUCCCCCAGCCCAUGCACUGUCAAGCAGUCCAAGUGUUGGGGAAGAGCGAACAAGAUAUUCAUCUCAGAUUGUUCUUGACAAGAACAUGAGUAAAAGCUGGAUCGAUAAUCAAAGAGCACCAUUAACAGUGGAGUUGUCGCAAGGAUCUUAUUCAUCGUCGUCUUGUUCUUCGUCGUCCUCCCUUGAUGGAAACAGAUCAGGACAGCAAGACCUAUCCUCCACUGAUCGAAUGCUAUUUCCGGAGAAGCCAUUCAAAAGCUCACCGAAGCUCAAGAGCUCUUCUGACAGUGACUGUGGAGUGGAUUACUACCUUGAUGAUGCCCUUGCCAAGCUCUCAGCCCAACCUAGCUACCCAACUCUUGGUAUAAGAAAUCUCGUAAAGGAUUCAAUAUAUAGAGAUACUCGUGAUUUUUCAAUCAGAACUUUCACCAAAGAGGCAGAAAAAGAUCACCUAUUCAAUUGUGGAGAUCCGCCUAGAAUCUUGAAUGAGCCUCCUAACAGUGCUAUCCAAGAGAAAAACAAAGGAACCAUGGACAUUGACGAAUCCCUCCGAGUUUUAGCCAAGCUCAGGAAUCCAUCUGAAUCAGUCCAGCAACCAAGGCUAUCAUAUGAUGCUCCUCGCUUCUCGUGUGAAGGAAGGGAAUCAGCGUCAAAACUUAGGGAGGUGCCAAGAUUGUCACUAGACAUAAAGGAAAGCCCUCUUAGGAACCGCGAAAUCGACGUAAGGCCAAAGCCAAGCAUGACUGAUGAAGACAGGAGAAGCAGCAUCAGUAAAGAUUACAGUCCACCCUUGGAGACCCAGCAAGAACACAAUGCCUGUAAACGUCUCCCUAGCGUUGUUGCGAAACUCAUGGGGUUGGAAGACUUGCCAGAGCAUAAGGACAAUACUGCGAUAUCUUCACAGGUAUCCAAAUCAGUUACAGAGAGGAGUGAAGAACCCACCAUGCUGAGGCCUUUGAGCCUUUCUUCCCAAAAUGAGGCUACUCCUAGGCAGCAGAGGAAUCUAGAUGCAACAAUCAAGAAUGUUCCUAACUCUAAGUUCCCUGUGGAAACUGCACCUUGGAAACAGCAGGAGAAGAUUGUGCUACCUAGAAAAUUGCCGAAGGGAUCAAAGGGAGCUCAUGGAAAAGAGCAACAUGCUGCAUCAGUUUACAGUGAGAUAGAGAAACGGCUCAAGGACCUUGAUUUUCAGCAAUCGAACAAGGAUCUCAGGGCACUCAAGCAGAUCCUGGACUCGAUGCAAGCGAAAGGGUUGUUGCAGAACAAGAAACGUGAGGAACCAUCGAUGCCGAAGAUAUAUGAUGGAGACCAUGAUAACGGAGAUGUGACUGAUGUAAACCUGAGACUGAAUAGCACCAGCAACACCAAACAGGCACCUGAAGGAACCCCAUCAUUUACAACGGAAGAAGAUAGCACUACAGAAAGAAGCUUCAAAUCACCCAUUGUAAUCAUGAAGCCUGCAAAAUCUGCAGACCUGUUAAGUGAUGUAACCGAGGAUUCCGCUGUUGGUCCAUUAGGCGGUUUAUCAGAGCUACCGCAGCUGAGAACAGCCAAUAGUGCUGAUAAAAGGAAAAGCUCAAAGAAGGUCACUAGGGAAGCUGUGGAGCAACAUACCAAAUCUAGUUCAAGGGCACCUACACCUCAACACCUUGCUUCUUUUGACAAGAGAGCAAAUGGAAGGAAUGAAGAAAUUAGCAGGAAACAGAAGUCUACUUCACAGCUGAUGACUGAGAACUCAGCUAGGAGACAGCAGAUGCAAAGAGAAAAUAAUGGAAGCUUGCUAAAGCAUAAAAAUUCCACUAGCCCUAGAGUACAACAGAAAAAACCUGAUUCAGAGCGGAGGGCCAGACCGCCAAUUCCCUCUCCCGAUUCAAGCAAGAAUCAAAGGCAAUCUGUGGAAAGGAGCCAUUUGGAUUCAGUAUCACCCAGAAGUAAAUUUAGAAGAAAACCUGCUCAAGCACAAGGUGAAGAUUUCCAUCAAAAUGGUGUAAGUAGAAGGACAAGGAGCCUGAACCAGGAAGGCAAUGAUAUGUCCGCAAGGUCAGAUGGUAGCAUAAGUGUUGCAUCAGAGCUGGAUGUAGAAGUGACAAGUACAGACAGAUCUGCAGAAGUUAACAUUUUGAGAUCUCAGCAUGGCACUCAAACACCAUCAGGAAGGAAUCCUCAAAAAGUGAAAACCUCUUAUGAUGCAAACAAGGACCUGCCAUCUAUGGAUCCUGCAGCAACUAUUACUGAGCGGCCUAGUCCAGUCUCUGUAUUGGACUCUUCGUUUGAUCAGGAGGAAUUUUUCCAUACCAGCAAGACCACAAAUUCAUCUAAUGUUGAUGAUGAGCAUCACCCAUCACCAUCAGAAGAGUCCUGCAAGCCUUCUGAAAAGAAGUCCACAGAGCUCCCCACACAACCCAAGAACAGCAAGCUCGCAAACAUAGCCAGCCUCCUUAAGAAGCUCCAGCAAUUGAGCGUAAACAAGGAUGAGGCACCUCCUGUCGAUCACAUUGCCUUCUUGUGCGAGACGCCAAGCCCAGACCAUCGCUACGUAUCCGAGAUUCUACUGGCGUCAGGGCUUCUGAUGAAAGACCUUGGUUCAGGGCUGUCACAAAUGCAGCUCCACACAUCAGGCUACCCCAUCAACCCUGACCUGUUCUUUGUUCUUGAGCAACGAAAAUCUGGGUGGACAUCCAAACCUGAGGGGAUCCAUCAGAGCAGGAGCACCACAAAGCCAGAUGAUCCCAAGAGAGCGCACCGGAAGCUAAUGUUCGAGGCGGUGAACGAGCUUCUCCUUGACAAGUUUGAGAAGGAAACCACACUCAUCACUGGAGUAGCAGCAAGGGAUCCAGUGAUGAGCAGCGGGCAGCAGCUGGUGAAGAUGAUAUGCUCCGGCAUCGAAUGCCUGAAGACGGAGAGAUCGCGCAUGUGCCAAGAAGACAGCAGCGUGAUCCCUGACGCAGAGAUCCUCAACAGGUUGGAAGGGUGGUCGCCGAGCUUCAUCAGGAGGGAGCUUCCAGGCAUGGUGCUGGAGAUCGAGAGGUCGAUAUUCAAGGAGCUCGUCGACGAGGUGGUGCGCGGCGAGUCCGCCGACGGUCAGCCGGCGAAGGCCGGAAGGCGCAGAAGGAGGCUCUUCGCUUGACAGUCACUAGUGAUGGCUGCUGACUUGCAUUGGAGUGCGAAGCGUGAAGCGAGUGUAACUGUGAUACUGUACCUAGUAGUAGCAUGUCCAUUGUUGAGGUUUGAUUUGUCCAGAGAGAGAGAGAGAGAGAGAGGAGGAAGAGCAAUGCAGAAACCUGAAGUAGGAAUGCAAUGUUUGAGGCACUUGCCUAGUUGUUGUUCUGCGAUAAAUAUUAUAAGUGAAAUUAUAACCUGAGACACUGGCAGUUUUCUUGCAUUGUGUUACUGUA